GCGUUUUUCGCUUCCAUAUGGAACGAAUUACUUCCAAAUAUGUGAUUAUUUUGCGACGUGCUAUUUUUACGUUCAUUGUUUAUUUAUGUUUUAUCUCGUGUAGUUGGUCGCGGUGUCAUGCAGCGACGUCGAAAAGGCGAUAAUUACAAACAGUGUGUGAAAUAUUAUUAAAUUUAGAUCAUGGUCUCGAUUGUUUCAGAUGAAUUUCUCAAAAAUGAACGUACCGAGGAAAAAAAUGACCCAGAAGAACAUCCAUUUUCGACGUCUUUCGAUGGGACGACAACAGAUACUUCCGUGCCGACGUUGUUUCAGGAGCAAUUCGUGAAAUUAAGGAAGAAACUUCCUGCAUCGGAGCAAGACGAACUGAAAAUUUCGCUGACGGAUCUCUGUGGUGACGAUGACAAAUUGAAGAAUGAGUGGGAAUUGAGACGAAGUGGUACGAGAUCGACGAUUGGGCAGCCAAUUCAGAGGGCAAGUGAGGACUUUGAUAUUGCUUCCGAAAGUAACCUCAGUUUGAACACAAAUUACACGAAAAGUAAUGUCGAUCCGGAUAUUAAUGAAAAUCUCGCGAUGAUUGAGAUGCGGGAGACGUUCAAAGAGCGUCCCAUAGACGAAUAUGACCCAACAUUAGACUGCCCUGACAAUCCUUUCGGCGAAAAUCGUGUCAAUCCAUCGCUUUAUUUCAACGACGGCGAAAGAUCCGUUGAUUUUGUGCUCGUUUGGCGCGAAGAUUUUGCCGAGUCGCCCGGUAGAGAAGAGCGCGCAAGUAAACGUGACGUCUUCGAAGCGAAUCUCAUGAAUGAAGGACUCGAUUUGGAACAUGAACUCGUAGAGGAUGAAUUUCAUUUUGUAAAAGUGCAUGCGACGGUCGAGGUUUUGCGGAGAUAUGCGGAAAUUUUGAAGCUGCGAAUGCCAAUGAGAGAGUCACUGUGUCGCGUGCAAAAGUCAAGGGACUCUCAGUCAAAUAUGAUAUUAAAUGCGGCACAAUAUGUAACGCAAAAGAUCCCAGGAGUAGCAAGAAGUACUGAAACUGUCUUAGAAACGAUCAAAAAGACAUGGAGACACAUGUUGGAGGUGAUUACUGUCGAUGAAAAGACUUUUCCGAAACGAUCUCACCGAUUUACGGCUAUUUACAGUAGAGAUAAGGAAUAUCUUUUUGACUUGAGUCAACCGAAUUUCUUCACGUCAGCAGUCCGUUCGAGGAUUGUCCAGUUCAUUCUUGAUCGUAAAAAGUUCACACGAGAGCCGAAAAAUGAUUUUGCCUUUGGAGUUCAACGUUUGAUAGCUGAAGGGGCUUAUAUUGCAGCUUAUCCAUUGCAUGAUGGUGAAAUAAAUGUUCCUGGCUCGAUGCGUUAUAAAUUGUACACAAAAUGGGCCUCCGUCAAGCGUUGGUACCGUUACCAACCAUUGGAUUACAUCAAAGACUACUUCGGCGUCAAAAUUGCCAUUUACUUUGCUUGGUUGGGAUUUUACACGUACAUGUUACUUUUGGCAGCUAUUGUGGGCGUCGGAUGUUUUAUUUACUCAUGGAGCACUUUAGACAGCUACAAAGUGUCAAAAGAAAUUUGUGAUAAGGACUCCAAGAUCAUGAUGUGUCCCAUUUGUGACUAUUGGUGUGAUUACUGGAAGUUGGAAGAGACCUGUACACAUUCGAAAUUCACGUAUCUCAUCGAUAAUCCGAGCACCGUGUUUUUUGCUGUCUUCAUGAGCUUCUGGGGAAGUCUCUUUUUGGAGUUGUGGAAACGAUAUUCCGCUGAAAUCACUCACCGAUGGGAUUUAACGGGUUUCGACGUGCACGAAGAACAUCCUCGUCCUCAAUAUCUCGCCCGUUUAGCUCACGUGCGCAAAAAGAAAGUCAAUGCCGUCACAAAUACCGAAGAACCUCAAGUGCCAUUUUGGCGGAUGAAGCUUCCAGCAACACUUUUUAGCUUUUCCGUCGUGUUAUUGUUGAUUGUCUUGGCAUUUGCCGCUGUGCUUGGUGUCGUUUUGUACCGCAUGUCAGUUUUGGCGACAAUUUCCGUGUAUCGCAGUGACAUCACAACAUCUUGGGCGAACAUUUUCACGUCUGCGACAGCAGCUUCCAUCAAUUUAACGCUCAUUGUGGUCUUUAAUUGGCUUUAUAGUUACUUGGCGGAGUAUCUGACGGAGUUGGAACUAAAUCGAACGCAAACGGAAUUCGAUGACUCUUUGACUCUGAAGAUUUAUUUGCUGCAAUUCGUGAAUUAUUACUCGUCAAUCUUCUAUAUUGCCUUUUUCAAGGGGAAAUUUGUCGGAUAUCCCGGCGGAUAUUGGAGAUUUUUCGGAUAUCGACAAGAGGAAUGCAUGUUGGGCGGAUGUUUGAUCGAAUUGUGUCUCCAAUUGGGCAUUAUUAUGAUCGGCAAGCAAACGAUGAACACAAUUAUCGAAAUGGGACUUCCGAUUUUCUGGAAAUGGUAUAAUUCGAUGAAAGUUCGCAUUGGAAAAAAUUAUAAAACGUCGCUGAAAGGAAAAGGUCAACGUUGGUUAAAAGACUUGAAAUUAAUCGAUUGGGAUAGUCGAAGUUUGUUCCCAGAAUACCUCGAGAUGGUCCUCCAAUAUGGUUUUGUGACGAUUUUCGUGUCUGCUUUUCCUUUGGCGCCAUUUUUUGCCUUGCUAAAUAAUAUUUUUGAAACAAGAUUGGAUGCCAAAAAGUUGUUGACGUACCAUAAAAGGCCUGUAAGUCAAAGAGUGAAGGAUAUUGGUAUCUGGUAUCGCAUCCUUGAUAGCAUCGGAAAAUUGAGUGUCAUCACAAAUGGGUUUAUAAUCGCCUUCACUUCAGAUUUCAUUCCGCGACUCAUUUAUCGUCUCUUCUAUUCGCAAGAUGGAACAUUAAACGGCUAUCUGGAUUUUACACUUGCGACUUUCAAAGUUAACGACUUGGAAGCUCGUAGUCAACCACAUCUUACCGAAUAUCAUAAUCUCACAACGUGCCGUUAUCACGAUUUUCGUCAACCGGAAUUUCCCUACGCUCAUACCUCGAUGUAUUGGAUAAUUUUGGCAGCGCGUCUCGGAUUCGUUGUUUUGUUCGAAAAUGUCGUGGCGUUUGUGAUGAUUCUCGUGCGUUGGUGCAUCCCCGAUAUGUCGACCGAGUUACGUGAUCAGAUCCGUCGCGAGGCAUACAUCACGAACGAAAUCAUCAUCAAACAGGAGACCUUGAGAGCGAAAGAAGAACGUAGAUGUCCAUCAACUCAGUUACGUAAUCGCAAAUCACCCAGUCGUACGGCAUCAAUGUUAAAAUGGGAACGAAUCGCCGCGUCAGCCAUGUCAGGCUCGGAAUUAGACUUAGAAUUGCAUUAUGAUGACCAAAUGAACGACGAAUCUCACAAAAAAACUGACGGGUAUCCGUUACAAACUUUCGUCUAAGAAAAAAAAUCAUUUAUUUAUUAAUUUUUAAAAUUUAUUUAAGGAAUUAAGUUAACGGGAAUGUUGAAAUCUAACAAUCAAAGCUCAUUUCGUUCUAGUCAAUGAAACUAAAAAAAAAAUCAAUAACUGCAUGCAAUUAUACUCAAUGAAUGUUUAACAAGACUCAGUGUUAAAUUUCUCAUUUUUGAUUAAUUUUAUUAUUUACAAAAAUUAAAUCUGCAGCUGAACAAAAGAAAUACAGAAAUUUCAUGAGACGAUCACUUGAUAAAUGGUCCUCCAUGUGUCGUCUUAAAAUAACUCAGACUCAUCAAAACUCGUAGAAAAUAAUUUAAAAAAUUUAUUAGUGGAAUAAAAAAAAUGAAUUAACGUAAAAAUUAAAUAAAGUGUUGUGAACUCAUAAUUUUAAUUUUAAUUAAUUAUUUAAAUUUAUUUUUGUGAUAAUUUUUAAGAGAAAUUUCUCUCAGAAUCUGAACUAAAGAGUGAAUCAGGAUUACAACAAAAUAAUUAAUUUUAUUUAUAUUUUUAAUUUUAAUAAAAAAUUAAGGAAAAUUGGAUCAAAUCCUAUGAACAA